AUAAAUACAGCUCCGAAAUUAUCAAUCUUCACAAUUCAAUUGUCCUCAAUCGAGCAGAAUCAACCUUGUGAAGCUUCCGAGAACACUAAUUUAUUCUCAUUAAUUAAACAUGGAAAAUUUGGAUUUGGUAAACCGUGAUCCUAACAAUAUCAAUGAUCAUCUUGGGGUUGAAUUUGAAGAUAUUCUGGCUGAACCUGAUGGUGCUCACAGUGUCGAUUGUGUUUGGAAAGCCUCUUAUUGCUGUUUCAACUUCUGGAAGAAUUUUUGGUAUAAAUUAGCUACUUUAUGUUGUGGUAUCUGUAUAGCUGCUGAAUGGGGUUGUGAAUUUGCUACUAUUGCCUUCACUCAUGUUUGGUUUAUCACUCCCUUAUUUAAGGUAUUGGAAAUAGAAUGUGCCUGCUUGAAGAAACUUUAUGGACUGUGUGUCCAUUGUUGUCUAGAUCCCUGCUGUGAAUCACUUGGUCUAAUGUUCAGUGCCUUUAAGAAGGAAUAACAAUAUGAUAAAUUUCUGCCUCCGUGAAUUUCUGUAAAUUGCUCUGAAAAUCCUGUCUAUUUUAAUUCAAUCUUUUAAAAAAUGCCUUUUGAUUUUUUUGUACCCGUAUGGAAUUAACUUGUAGAAUUUGUAAAUUGAAUUUGUAAAUUGAAUUUGUAAAUUGAAUUUGUAUAUAUCUGAAAUAAAUUAUUUUGUCUAUUC